AUGCUACCUGAGCCUCUCAGCGGACCGCUGUGCACCAGGUCCUCCCUCACGAAAAACCUUCUUGAUCUCGGCCUCCACAAGGGGGACAAUGUUCUUGUCCAUUGUUCUCUCAGCACUAUAGGCUGGAUCAACGGAGGACCUGAGACGCUCACUCAUUCACUGUUGGAUGUUCUCACCCCCGAAGGGACGUUGGUUGUGCCCACCCAAACAAGCAGCAACUCAGAUCCAGCAGCAUGGGUCAAUCCUCCCGUUCCUCAAGCUUGGUGGCAAACAAUCCGAGACACCAUGCCGGUCUUUAACCCGCAGACAAGUCGCACUCAAAGAAUGGGUGUAUUGGCAGAAACUGUGAGAAAUUGGCCUGGUGCUAUGAGAAGCUCUCAUCCUCAAACGUCCUUCAGCGCUGUUGGUGCAAACGCGACGUUCAUCACCGAAGUUCAUCUCUUGGAUUGUAUGCUUGGUGAGCGCAGUCCUCUCGCACGCUUGGAAGAGCUGGAUGCAAAGGUUCUACUUCUUGGCGUUGAUUUUGACAAGUGUACUUGUUUUCACCUAGCCGAGUAUAGAAUCGGGCCACAAACAUCCGAUAAUUCGUUUGCAGCAUCAGUGAACGGAGUCCGAGAGUGGGUGACAGUUUCGGAUGUGGCUAUAAAUGAUGACGACUUUUUGGAGUUAGGAAAGGAGUUUUUACGGGAGGGUGAUGUGAUGAGAGGACACAUUGGAGCAGCAUCAUGUUAUCUUUUCUCCCUGAAGAAGGCAGUCAAGUUUGCGCAGAAGUGGAUGGCUUCGCAUAGGACUCCCUCUACACAAUGUUGUUCCACAGUCUCAAAUGAUAGUUAA